AUGGAGGCCAUAAGUAGACUCCCUCGGAGGCUCACUCAGCUAUACACAGACACAAAAGUCUCUUGCGAAGCCGUAACGGAACAAGACACCCCCGACACGCAACCCGAGAUCAACGCACUGCAUCGCAAAUAUCGCAUACAAAAAGACCGACUUAUAGCAUGGGGACUCGAAUGGAGCGACAACACAAAAGGCCGUCAGGAUGAUAUCGACGAGAGCGUGGAGCGUGCAGGCCUCACAGAGACAGUGACGAGCGUGCUAGGCACCAUCAAAGACAUCUUGGACGAAGCUGAGCGUAUGCACCCGCCUGCUGUUAUUGCAGGUGUCAAGACGCUGUCAGGAGAGAAAAGUCGACCGCCUGUGACUUCCGCAUGGGCGGCUGCUGACAGGUCACGGUACGAAGAUCUCGCCAAGGACCUGACCACAUCCAUAGACAUCCUCUAUGACCUGUCACGCACGCGGCGCACUCAGCGCGAAGCUAGCCGGGGACCAAGCCCACAUUCGAAGGCUGUUCCUCCGCCGCCUCGCAGAGCUUCAGCUUCAGGUGUAUUCUCGACAUCUCAAUACAGCGCCUCCGACCUCACACUCAUCAACCCUGACACCAUCCCCAUCAUUGCUCAUGAAUACGCCAAUAUCUCAGCGCAGACCAAUCUUCCAUCAAAAUUGAACCCGGCGGAUCUCGUACUGCCUGAGGAGGAGCCCCCGCCAUAUGAGAGCGUUGGAGCUUCAUCUAUCCGUGUGAUCGGACGGUUGCGAACCAAACAUACCUCCACAAACCCCUGGAAGGCCGACGGGGCCAAGAGUGUAGAAACACCCGUAAUGGUCGAGUUCGCGACAUACGAUCCUACUUAUCGCUCUACCGGAGUUCCGACACCCACCGACCGACUUGAAACACUUCUGUCCAUCUUAGGGAAGCUGUCAACUGACCAGUCAUUUCACGGUACACUGACUUGUCUUGGAUAUUUCGAAGAUCCGUCACAACCCCGAUUCGGACUCGUGUUCGAACUCCCGUCAUUUGUGUAUUCGGGAGCAUCUGAUUUACUCAAACCCGUGGAGGAGCUUCGUCCUGUGACCCUGCUUAGCGUCCUUCAGACGGGAUCUAAGUCACUACACAACUCCAACAGCGCCACACCACCCCUCGAAGACCGUUUCCGCCUCGCUUUUACUCUUGGCCUUACCUUCAACAAGAUUCAUGGCGACGGGUUCGUGCACAAAGACGUCAACAGCAGUAAUAUUUUGGUGUUCCGCAAAAACAAGCGCCAAUCUGCGAACAGCCGAGCACUGCAAUUUGCCCUUCGCUCUCCCAUCAUCUGUUCCUUUGAUCUCUUUUCCGAGUAUGACAUUGAGCCUGCCAGCACAAUGCCACCCCUAAACAUCUAUCGCCAUCCGGAGGAUCCCAAGUUCACGGGUGAGAAGGACAAGACCUACGGCCCACAGUUCGAUCUCUAUAGCUUAGGUUUGAUCCUCCUCGAAGUUGGCUUAUGGCAGCCUUUGGCGGAUUUGUGGAAGCCUAAAUACACACUCACCGACUUCAAACAGCGCGUUGAAGACGUCUACAUUCGACGUCUAGCAUCCAAGUGCGGCACCGCGUAUAUGCAAGUUGUGCGCGACUGCUUCUGGGCGGCCGACCGAAUCGCAUCUGGCGCAGAAAGUCCGCAGAACUUUCCGCAAGUUUACAACCGUAUCUUGAUCAGGCUGCAGCGAUGUUGCCUUCUCGACGAGGUCGACCCCAGCCUUGAAUGGGGCGAGCUGAGCACAGGCGCAACGCAUAUCGCCGGCUCCUCCCCGCUAAAGCGCAAAACUUCGAGUCACAUCCAGGGUCACAUCCAGGUUGCUGACGUACCCUCAAGUCCGUCAUAUCGCAGUGCAAAGCGGUGGGCUUUGGAGAAAGGCUCGCAUGUUCUUGAACGAUCACGCUCACUUUCCAAAACAACGCAUACCCCCAAGAGUUCUCCGAAUCUUCCACCACUAUCGAGGCACGGGUCGCAGCGAUCACAACAUUCUAUUCGCAAGUCUUUGUCGCACUUGAUGAGUCCAAAAGAAGAGCCCUCGCAAGAAAUGGACUGGCAACUUAGCAGGAAUUCGCACAUGGACACGCCACCGGACUCCCAAGAGCAUGGCGAUCUGUUACCUGUGAAUGAGCAUCACCGGGCGCAUAGCACAGGUGAAAUCAAGCGCUCGCGAGGCUUCCAGUCAGAAUUCGACACCCCGCCAAGGGCUAUGACACAGAAAGACUACAAAGACAAGAUCACGCUCAUUCAGAACUUGUGGCGGCAAAGGAAACAGAAUCGGGCAAAUACCAUUGGUGCACUGAUCGAGAACGGGAUCAGGCACUGGCCUCAGGCUACCAUUGGAUACCCCACUCCAGAACCCGAAGACAAACCGCAGGAUCGCGGUAUGACGCAUUCGGUUCAUAUUCAACGCCAUCCUGACCAAAGCACUAGCCCGCGAGACUCCACUCUGGAAAUAAACACGAACUUCGAGGCCCCUCCUCGUCAGAAGCUGCGCCUCCAUCCCGUGAAGUUCUCAGAAGAGAUCGUGGAUGAGUGGCACAAGAAGAUGCUGCCUCGUCUCGAACGCGUUCUCGAACGUACACUGAAAGACUCGGACGAGACUGUCAGCAUUGAUCUCGUAGCUGUGGGUGAAACAGCAGAUAAGACUCGCCCAACUAUCUUCGUUACUUGCAGUAGCGUGCCGAAAGUCAAGGCUGUGCUGCAGCGCAGGUUCAAGUACGAUCCUAGUAUCUAUGACCUGAAGGUACGACGUGGUAAGGUUCGACGUUCAAAGCUCAACCGGUCCAGCCGCAGGAGGGUACCCCCUCACCGAUCCAUGGCGAACACGGAUGAUUACGAUGGUGAUAUGCACGUUAUGAACCCCUUUCACCAGGAGCGGCCGGUUUGCGGGGCAUCUAUUGGCGCUUUUCGCGGCGAGCACCUUCCGCCUGUUACUUACGGCGGUGUUGUUCUCGUUGACGAUGAGCCAUUGGGCAUGAGUGUCCAUCAUCUCUUGGAUGCGCCAUCCGAUGACGAAAGCGACGCUGGCGACGACCCCGUUCUGUCGAGCGGCGCGAAUGGAUCAGCUAACCCCUGGCUCAUGGGCAUGGGCACACAGCCGGGUGUUCAAAUCGCACCCAGCUCGCCCAUGCCUAUGUGGGAGCUCGAGAUCUCUGACGAUGAAGCCAUGAAGACUGACGACGAAGACUAUGAUUCAUUUGAGCUUUCCGGUUCUGAGUUUGACUCCGACGAAGAGUCCGAGUCUGAGGAUGCAGAUGUCGAUUCUAUCACUUCAAGGGGAACAAUAGGUGACAUUGAUGGAAUCGAAGUAGGGGACGGCGAGGAAAUCAAGAUCACCCAACCAGCUAUUGACGAUGUUGACGAUGACUUCUUUCCAAGCGAGGAAGACCGAGACGAAGACCAUUUAGAUUCACACGAGCUCGGACAUGUACAUGCCUCUUCUGGUAUCAGGCGACUGAAAAAAGAUGGAAUCGUCCACGAGAUCGACUGGGCAUUGUUGAAACUGAAUGACCACCGGCUGCAGCCGUACAAUCUGGUCCAAGGAGGCCGCCGUUUCUGUGCCACUUCCGCAAUCGAUCCUUCCCAGUACGAGAUCUCAGCAAAGCUGGAGCAGCCGGUAACCCGCCGGCACUACACAGCAUCUGAAGACGAAUACCCAAACGGCGUCGCUAGCGCCACUAGCCUAGGUGGACUCAGUGUGCAUUGCUUUGGUCGAACGACCGGCCUACAAGGCGGCAUGGUUGGACACGCCAUGAGCUCAGUCAGAAUAUACCGCCGCAAAACGUUCUCGCGCAGCUGGCACGUUGCAGGUGGAUUCGGCGUUGGCGGCGACUCUGGCGCUUGGGUCGUACAAAACGGCACGCACAAGGUCGUUGGCCAUGUGCUCGCCUGGUGCGAGCGCAACCACAUCGCAUACAUCUGCCCCAUGGAAGUCCUCCUUGAGGACAUUAAGCGUACUCUACACGCUAAACAUAUUUACCUUCCUGGCUCCGCGGAGGAAGCUAGACAUCUCGCUCGUACCCAGAAGCAUGCACUCAAAGCAGACAGCCGCGUAGAGGAACUGGAAGUUGCAGUGGAGGGACUAGGGAUUAUCGAUGGAUGCGUACCGCCUCCCCCGCCGCCACCGAGGAGAAGUCGGAUACCACUACUUGGUACGAGUGGGGAGAGCGACAAGGAGAAUUUACCGGUACUGAGGAGUAGAGUCAUUAAGGUUAAGGAAGGGAUGAGUGGGCAAUUGGAGAUGGUCGCGGGCGGUGUUUAG